AUGUCUUCACCAACAGAGAUGAACAGAUAUUGGAUCCCUCGCUUGGAUAUCCACAAAAAGAUCAUCACCCAAGAGCUUCCCUAUUAUCUUGGCCCAGAUGCAACGGUCAGACCUUACACAAACGAGGGAGAAGAUGGGUUUCUCAUCACUACUCCAGGCCCAUGCCUGACCGACGAGCAAAUCGAUGAUAUUUGCAGGAAAUCCAAGGAGAUAUGGGAGCGACAGGCGGCUAUUAGGGCACAAGAAGCGGACAAGCCUCUCAAGAGGCCGCUGCACCAGCCGGUCGUGAUAUCGCGAGGGUCAAACGAUUCUUCGCGAAGGAGGCAUGAAACACACAGAAGCCAUGAGCGACAUCGACGUUACGAUGAGAGGCGGCGUGAGUGA